AUGAAUAACCAGGAUCCCACACAGCCGAUCGAGCCAUUUUUGAAAAAGCUCUUGGCUUCUUUGGACCUCCAAUACUUCUCUCUGGCUCCACAAGCCCAGCCUCAAUAUCCAAAUGUCGAAGCUUACGCUACGCUGUUUGCACAGCAGUUGAAACAGACUGCUGCUGUCAUCGUCGACGGAAAUCCUUUAAUUCCAGAGCCUCCCACCAACGACGCUCGCUUGGAGUUCCAGAAAAAGUGGUUGGCUGCACCUUUAACCAGCCACCAGAUGAGCUCGUUUGACUGCCAUCUUGUGCCAGGCACCGGCCUCUACACGGUUAUUGUCAACGGCAAAGUCCGCUUUGAUGAGAGUGGGCGUUCCCGACUUGGUGAAACAAGCGAUUUGGUCCAACCAUCUACGCCGGUGAAGCCCAGACCUAUUUGGGGUCCGUGGUUUGGCUUCAAUCUCAAUUUGGCCGUGGACGAGUCAGUUGUCUCCAAUAGCGAUGCUCAGACCGUCAAUCUGUUCGAUUAUAGAAUUACAUUCAAACCACAGGAUAGUGUGGUACGCAUAUAA